AAGCUGACCAGUGGAGCUGAUAGAGAAACCCUUCUGUGCCGUGGUGAGGUCAGCAACGGCAUUGCAUUGGAGCUGGUUGCCGGCAGAGAUCUCGCAUGCGCGGCUGUAUUGGUCGUAGAGAGAGCCGUCCUUGAGUGAGAAGACAGUGGCAACUGAAGCGAGGCCCUUCUUGUUGGCAACAUCCUGUGCAGGGUAUGGUGAGCCACAUUGAAUCUGGCCGUCAAAGAUCGAGCCAGCUGGCCUGCUUGCAGUAGGACAAUUGAGUGUGAAGUUCUUGUUGGGUGUGGAAGGUGUGCAGCCAGGGUUGUAGACUGGCUGAUCACGAGGCUUGCAAGGUCCAGGGAACUUGUACCUGGUGAAGUCCCAAGUGCUCUUGCAGUAAGGGUAGCCGAGAGGCAAGAUGACAUUGGUAGGGCAGGCAGGAGGCCAUGCAGGGAGGGGGUUCCACCAGUUCCAGAUGGUGCUGACGCUGCCGAAGCCGCCAAAGAGCAACGAGAGGGUAGGGUCAGCAGUCGGGGCAGCUUGGACCUGUGCCGUGGAGGCAACGAGAAUAGUGGCGACAGUGGAGAGUUUCAUAAUUUGACUGAGUAGUGUUCUUACUGUCGGGCUGGCUGAUUGCUGAG